AACGGAAAUCUCGCGUUUUUCACGCGACGUGCGCAGGCGGGCAAUUUGAACAGGUUGCAGUUGUGUUGAGUUACAGCCUGAUCUCCUGUGAGAGAAAAAUCUGGUGUUUCUUCAGGAGACUGUUGGGAUGAACGAAGGGACGUCUCGGAGCAUAAUGACGGAGUCUAACAGCUUUGACAGCUCGCAGCGGAGACGCUCCCCGCGGCUGAGCUCUCCUCCGCAGGCUCAAAGUGACAACAAAAUGGCGCUGCCGUCUGUUGCUGUUAAACGCUCCAUCACUGUGAGGAAAAUAGCGCCCAGAAAAACAGUCGCACUACUAGAACAGAACAAGGAGAACACGCCGAGGCCAUCCGGCUCUGAGGGCAUCCAGCAGAAAAAGUUGAAAGUCUCCACCCCUGGUCCUGUUCCGGACCGUGAGGGCAGCUCUUCCUCGGCUAAGAAGGAGAAGAAGGCCGCUAUGCCGUCACCGAUCCUACCCUCAUCGCCGUCGCCCGCUUCUCGUCCCCCGCAGCUGGAUCCAGACGACGACGUGUGGUCGCAGAAAGUGCGCCGGUCCUACAGCAGGCUCAGUGAGAAGUCCUUGAACGGCACCGACUCUUGUGAGACUUUAUUCGGCUUUGAGAAACUGAAAACUCCAGAGGUGGUGGUCCGGAGACCUGGGCUGUCCAAGUCUGGCCUGGAGGUUUCUGCAGGAUCCUUUACUGGACUGAACUCAUUUACGUCUUUGCUUGAGGCUGACGACUAUUGUGGUUCAGCUUUCCCCGAGCCGGACCCAAACAUCCCCGGAGUGGCGGUGGUGAAGGAGAAGAGGAGGAGGAAGAAGAUCCAGCAGAUAGACACCACGGAGCUGGACGCUCUGGCUGCAAAGAUGAAUGCAGAGUUUGAGGAGGCUGAGGAGUUUGAAUUGGUCGUGGAGUAAAUAUUCAGGG